UGAAUACUUUUAGUAGUUAAUAGAUUGGGGUUUUUUUCAAGUACUGUCACUGAAGUAGUUUAAUUAUAUUGACAAAACAGCAAAACAUUGGAGGUUGUGUGAUGUUGUAACUAAUUGAAACUUGGUAUAAUCUUUGAAAGAUAAUUGUCUGCUAGUAUAGAUUGAUGCUGUUAGAAAUUAAUAACUUUUUCUCCAGUUCGUUGGCCUUCCCAAUUUAAUUUGAGUUCACUUGAUUAUAUUCUCUUCUGUCUUAUACAAAAAAAUGUAUGAUUUCUAUACGGAGAUCAAAGACUUGUGACAGAUGAGCAACGUUACUGAACAAAUGCAGACCUGUACUUCACAGCUGUGUUGGUGCCAAUGCUAUGUGUGCUUAAGGAUGUUUUGUCCAUAAUGAAGUACUGAAUUUCAGGGUAUUCUGUUCAAAAUCUCAUAGAGGGUGGUAACUACAGCACUUUGAAGAAACAUGACAGUAAUGAGAACUUUGCUUUUUAGGAAAGAAAAGACUUGGUAGGAGAGGUGCUUGUAAGAGGGGAAAAGAACACAAACUCUUCUUUGGAAACUAGUUAUGAAAAAUCGCUGUUGGAACACAACAAAAGAAGUCACUUGACUUGUACUAAUUUUACAGAAAACAUACACCCCCGAUAGGAAUGUUCUUUAUUGCUGCAGGGGGUUCUGACUGGUGACCUCUCUUUACAAACUGGCUGUUCAUUUUAAAUAUUCUGUGAAGAUGAAAAGGGAUAUCUUAUGGUUUUACAGGAUAUAAAGCAAUAUUGUCUGACAUGACGGCAAAAAAUGUUGGUGUGACUUCCACAAAUGGAGACUUGAAAGGAUUUAUAGAUCAGAACCAGAGUCCAACAAAAGGUAAUAUUUCAAUAAUCACAUUGCCAGUUCCCAGCACCAACUCCCCAACUAAGAUUUUGCCAAAAACCUUAGGACCAAUCAAUGUGAAUGUUGGACCCCAAAUGAUCAUAAGCACAUCACAAAGACUGACCAAUUCAGGGAGCGUUCUGAUUGAGAGUCCAUACAACCCAGCUCCAACAAUGGUCACACAGACACACAUAACCGAAGCUUCUGGCUGGGCCUCAGGGGACAGAAAGCGGAGUCGAGAAUUUAUAGAAUCAGAAUUUUCAGAAAGUAAGAGAAGCAAAAAAGGAGAUAAAAAUGGGAAGGGUCUGAGGCAUUUUUCCAUGAAAGUAUGUGAGAAAGUUCAACGUAAAGGAACAACUUCAUACAAUGAGGUUGCUGAUGAGCUGGUGUCAGAAUUCACGAAUUCCAACAGCCACCUAGCUACAGAUUCACAGGCUUAUGACCAGAAAAAUAUUAGACGGAGAGUUUACGAUGCCCUUAACGUGCUGAUGGCAAUGAACAUAAUUUCAAAGGAGAAGAAAGAAAUCAGAUGGAUCGGCCUUCCUACCAACUCAGCUCAGGAAUGUCAGAAUCUAGAGAUAGAAAAACAGAAGCGGAUUGAAAGGAUAAAGCAGAAGCGAGCCCAACUGCAAGAGCUGCUGCUGCAGCAAAUAGCAUUCAAAAACUUGGUACAAAGAAAUCAGCAAAAUGAACAACAAAAUCAAGGUCCUCCAGCUUUGAACUCAACUAUCCAGCUGCCUUUCUUAAUAAUCAACACUAGCAAAAGAACAGUUAUAGACUGCAGCAUAUCAAGUGAUAAAUUUGAAUACCUCUUUAAUUUCGAUAACACUUUUGAGAUUCAUGAUGACAGUGAGGUGCUGAAGAGAAUGGGAAUGUCCUUUGGGCUUGAGGCAGGCAAAUGCUCAGCUGAGGACCUAAGAACUGCAAAAUCACUGGUGCCAAAAGCUUUAGAAGGCUACAUCACAGAUAUGUCUGCAGGAUUUUCAUGGAUAAACCAAGGGUUACUUUCAAGUUCAGCACAAGCAGUUUCAAACUUAGAUGUAGCAGGAGGCACUUCUGAUGCUAAAUUAAGUGAGAAUCCAGGGUUGUGUCUGGAUGCUGAAGUGGCCUUAGCAACUGGGCAGUUACUUGCCCGUUGCAGUCAACAGUCCAGCAGUGCAACAUCACACUACUCUGAAUCACGGGGAGAAACUCCAUGCUCAUUCAAUGAUGAAGAUGAAGAGGAUGAAGAUGAGGACUCUUCUUCCCCAGAAUAAGGACAGUAAAAAACAGAAUAUACAAAAUGCUGCUCAUCAAUAUUUUUAAUGGGAGCUCCUGUUCGGAUUUCAUUUAAGUUUCUUGCCUUGGUGUGCACUGUGUUCAGUGAAGCAAAAUGGAAGCUUCAGAACAGAUUCAUCCACAGUCGAAAUUGAAAACUUGUAACUGAACACAGAGUGACAUGCAGACACAGGGCAAGGUUUUUAUCAACCAUCACCAAGGAAAAGAACAAAGUCCCUGGAGAUUUGGCAAAGUUCCCAUUUUCCAUUUUGGGACAUUCUGUCUCAAGUCUCUGUCUUCCCCUUAUCUUUGCCAGAUGGAGGAGAAAACAGAGUCAGUCAACAAAUGCCAAUUCUUGUAUUGUCUCUUGGCUGUGCUACCUUUAGAAAGUAGGGGAGAGAGAGCACAUGCCUAUGUGCUAAAAUAGCUAUUUAAAACUAUCUUAUAUGAACACUGUCCUAGGGGAAAGGGGCUGUUAGAAUGUUUGCUUUUUACUGUUCAACUUGCUGUAUAGAAGAUUCUUAAAGUAAUAUAAUUUGCAAGUGAUUAAAUGAAUCUUGAAAUAGUUUAAGUCCAUUUUAGAUACUCUCAAAGUAAAAAUAGUAUGUCUCUUUUGAAAGGUUCAUAUGUUCAUUUCUACUGCAGACCUAAUUUAUUAUAAAUGAUUAUUCUUAGCCAUUAUUAAACAGUCAGGAUGAAAACAGCAGUAUUUUCUGCACCAGCUUUUUUCAAGCAAAAGAAGUUUUAAAAAAAAAAAAAAUAUUUCUAGAUUAUAGUGUAUCCAGUAUAGCUUCUCCUUUCCUGUUCUAACUUUAUAAUCCCUUUGAUUUUAUGUUGGGAUAUCUGUUGGGUUGUUUUUUUUAACAAAAGCCUCUAUGUUCAGGAUCUGGGGCAGCAUGUAUUUAAGGCAGUAUUUUCCAAUUCAGGGUGGGUGGGUCACAUAACUAAGUCAUAGGCUGAGAUUCUUGGGAAAAAAAAUUAAAGUUCAUCAAUAUAUCAUCUCAUGUUUUGCAUUCUAGUAAGCUUUGAUUCUGAUAGACUCACUUCCUUAAAAUGAACUUCUGUUGCACUCACCUUGAUGCACCUUUGAAAAAUAGUAGUACUGAACCACUUAAAAUAAUGUGUGUCUAAAAUUACACGUGAAUCCCAUGUGAACCGUUAAAUUAGACUUGCAACCAGAGGCUCCAUAAAUGUUUCUGUGUUUUGAAACACUAUUUCUUGAUUCUACGUUCAGAGGCUGUUCUAUAGUUAAUGUCACAUCCAUUCAAACAUCUUUUUUGUAAAAAAAACAAAACAAAAAAGAGCAAAACACACUGCAAAUGUACCCUUCCCGUGGGGUGAAUGGAUCCUUGCCACGGGGCUCCAACGUACAAUACUUUAACUAGUUUUGAAGUUAACUAUUUUUAAUUAGGUCAAUCCAGUUUCAAAUAGCAUCACUUCUUUUUAGUUUUUAUACUGUAUGUAGAUAGUUGACCCAAGUCCCCACGUAUUAAUUGGCUCAACUGACAGUAGCCUUGGCCCUGUUCUGGGUUGUGCCAUGAGGCACAGUGGUGUGGUGCCAUGUGCGAGAGCAGAGUCAGCAAUCCAUAUCCCCUAAGCACACAGGACAUCCACAUCACCUUGUACAGACAAAUGAGACCCAAGAACACCAGGCCUGAGCCAGCGAGAUAAGCUGAGGCUCCAGCUGAAAAGGUACCUGGUGGUUGUACAGGAGUCAGCCCACAACUAGCUGCACACAGGACAGGUACAGCUGUGAGGAGCAUACAAGCACACCUGUAUUAAAAACUAGGAACUUUUCACAGAUAGUGGAAAGUACCUCCGGCAUUUGAGGUGCAGUCAGGGAGGCGCCUUUACUUAGCUCUUCUUGCUCAGUCAAGAGCGAUGUCUAGCUUAUACAAAUGAACUGCACGUGCACAUUGAGAGAAUUCCUAUAUGCCUACCAUGCUAUUCACCCUCUGAACCAGACUGUUGCAUGCUCACAGCAGACUGAAGUAUUUACACCACCUCACUUCAACAAAAUCUGUAACACUACCUCUAUAAGAAGAAAAGCUUUACAAACACAAAAUAAUCUUGCUGAGAGAGUCAAUGCAGUUGAAGUGGCUCACUUCUGAAACGAGGAAGAGAGGGUAACAGGUACUCCAGGCAUAUAACUCUGGAAUUCUCAGCUUCAUGAAUGACAGUUCAUUGAAACAGAGAUCAUUGCUUUUUGAAAAAUUGGGGAUUUUUCCAAAAAUUGCCCUGUCAGCUUUCAUUGGAGAGGGCAGAUCAAAGAUACUUGAUAUAUGUAGGAUCCUAAGGAACUCCUAGAGGGGAACAUUUUCUAAAGUUGUUAUUCCCCCCUCCUCACAUUUAAAUUUACCCUUUGUUCACAUUCCCACUCACGAUCUGUGUUUAAAGCCAGCGAAACACUGAACAACUACUGAAGAGCACUUUGAACUGUAAGAACAUGGCAAAAAAAGGCUUCUUGCCCAGAAAUGGAAUGUAUUUUAUUAGCAGUCAGUGUGCUUUCUGCUUUACAAGAGGAAGAUCUCCAGUGGCAUCUUCCUUCCAUUGAUAUAAGUCCUUCAAAGAAGCAGACUGCACAGCUACUUGCUUUCUGACAAACUUCAAGCUAUCAACUUAAAAAUCUAGGAGCACAUACCAUUUAGUAUAAAGACAGUCAAACCAAGACUUUAGAAGUUAGUUUUCCUGAACUAGUUGAAUACAAAGGACAAAACAAGUUAGAACAUUUAGAAGAAACUUCAAAAGGAAAUUAUUUCCUUGGGAUUCUUUGUGCCAAGUUCCAGUUGAAGUUCAACUAAAGCACUGUGGUCCUGUGGUUACACUAAAGUCUGGGAACUAGGAGAAUUUUGAGCCUUAUCCAGUCACAGUCACUCAUGUAUGAUCUCAGGAAAGCCUUGCUUUGAUCUUGUUGAUCUUAGCUGAUGUAUUUAAAACCCACAAUCCCCCAAGCAAAACAGGUAAAUGCAAGACCUCAAAAACUGCAUCUGUUGCAUCUGAACUGAGCUCUGAGCAAUUAUGAGGAGCAAGGAGACUAUCAAGCAACUACAUGGGUCCUGCUAAGCUAAUGGCAGUAGUUGUGCUCAGUUGCCUUCCCUCCCACCGAGAGGCAGCAGCAGAUACCUUCAGAAGCAAGUGGUCAUUAGCAAGAUGUGUUCCCAUUUUCUAUUCAGUUAACCAUCAGCCUCUAGUGUCUCAUGCAGUACCCUAGACAUUUUUUGGUAUGAAACAAGUAGCAACUGGUACUAGAUGGUAUCAGUGUAAGAAAAAGUUAACAUUUACAGUUUCAUGUGUGGUAUGUUUCUGUGUUUUGAAACACUUAUUUCUUGGUUCUGCAUUCAGAAUGCACUUGGCUACAAGUAAUAUAAUGCUCUGUAUAAAUGCUUUUUAAUGCAUUUCAGUAAACAGCUUUAUUUCUGGACUUACUUUAUGGUGCUUGAAAAAUCUAAAUUUGACCUGGAAAAAACUGUCAGCACCACAAAGUAGAUGAAAAAAAACUAGCAUUUUUCUAGUAAUUGAAAAUCUGACAUACUGUUUGUGAAUUUUGGUUUUUAACAUUGUUGAUACUGGUAUGCCAGUCUUCUCAUUUCAACACUGGAAUUAAUGGCAACAGUCCAUCUCAUCUAAGAAAGUAUACGUAUCAGAGCAAAUACUAAAGCAAAUGACACCAGUUUAACUAAAGGUAUGACUUUAACAAGCUACACUGUAGCUAUUUCCAUUUUGGUUAAGAGCUUUAUUUUUUUUUAAGCUAUAGCUUGCAAAUACUCCCAGUCCUUUUGUGUUGUUGGAAAUUGUUCAGCACACAGAAUACCCACAGGACUUGUAACUCAGCCUGAAGUAACAUUAUGUUAAAAGAUUUAAUCACCAAAUUUUAAUCAUUUUUUGUUAUUGUUCUUGAAUAAAAACAAAACCCUCAAGUUCAUACAUAAGAUGAUGCUUGAGUUUAGAAUUCCAUAGUUAAGGUUUUAAAUAUCAAGAGCUCUUUCUUCUUGACCAUAUUCACCAUUUUAACUCAAGAGCAUGGCUGAAACUUAGUAUUUGAGCACUGGGUGAUAUUCCUUUUUAUAAUUAACUGUCAUUUUAUCAAGAAGACUUUCCUUUUAGUGAAUUAAAGGCACUGGGGCUUUGGAUUUAUGUAAAAACAAAGCUAGGAACUACAAGGUACAGUAAAUAGUAAACAAGCCAAGUUAUCUUCUGACUGACUCACCCAAUAUUUGUAUCUUUUCAUUACAGGAGUCUCUCAUGAACUUAAGCAUUUUAAAUACCCAGAUAUAGUGAAGCUGAAAAAAGACUGUAUGAGCUUUAAAAAUUUUUAUUUAAAAAAUUCUAGUAAUAAUCAUACUUCAAAGUGACAUCCUUCUGCAUACCAACAGCUUAAUCAGUUUUAAAGAAAGAAAUGCUGCAGCUGAGUGACUCCAAGGCCUGGUACAUUUUACAGCUCACAGAAUCACAGAAUCAUUACAGUUGGAAAAGAUCUUUAAGAUCAAGUCCAACCACUCACUUCACACUGCCAAGCUCAUCACCAAACUAAACUAUGUCCUUCAGUUCUUCAUCUAUGGGUCUUCUGAGUAUCUCUAGGGACAGCAAAUCUACUCCUACCAGCUCCCUGGGCAGUCUGUUCCAAUGCUUAAUAACCCUCUCAGUGAAAAAAAAUUCUUCUAAUAUCCAUUCUAAACCUCCCUGGAACAACUUGAACACAUUUACUUGUAUUCUAUCACUCAUUACUGAAGAGAAGAGAUCGACCUCCACCUUGCUACAGCUCCCCUUCAGGUAGUUGUAGGGAGUGGUCAUGUCUCCCCUCAGCCUCCUCCAGACUGAACACCCCCAGUUCCCUCAGCUGCUCCUCAUCUGACUUGCGCUCCAGACCCUUCACCAGCCCCAGUGCCCAUCUCUGGACAUGCUCCAGCUCCUCAGUGUCCCUCUGGGAGUGAGGGGCCCAACAGUGAACACAGCACUCAAGGUGCAGCCUCCCCAGCGCUGAGUACAAGGGGACAAAUCACUUCCUUGGUCCUGCUGGUCACACUAUUUCUGAUACAAGACAGGAUGCCAUCGGCCUUCUUGGCCACCUGGGCACACUGCUGGCUCAUGGUCAGCCAGCUGUUGAUUAACACCCUCAGGUCCUUUUCCCCAAGACAGCUCUCAAGCUACCCUGCCCCAAGCCUGUAGUGUUGCCUGGGGUUGUUGUACCUCAAGUGUAGAACCUGGCAUUUGGCCUUUUUUAACCUCAUACAAUCAGCCUUGGGCCAUCUAUCCAGCCUGUCCAGGUCCCUCUGGAGAGCCUUCCUGUCCUUCCUACACACCCACCCCACUUGGUGUCAUCUGCAAAUCUGCUGAGGGUGCACUCAAUCCCCUCAUCCAGAUCAUUGAUAAAUGAGCCGAAAGCAUCUCAGCCUUCAGCCGAGGGAAAUGGUGCCUGUUGCAGCAUUACUGAUGAACAAGGAAGAGGCAAAGGACUGCUGAUCUAUUUACUGUGGGUUUGUUUUUUAAAGUAUGCCACUUCUUAAAUUCUGAUCUCUGCCUAGAAGUAAUAUGGCAAUAAACCAUUUAUAAUUUCAGAUUAUCAUAGACCUACCCUUGCAAGUAAUGUCAACAACUCUAAAUACUUCAUUUUCUGCUGGCAGGUGUUCACAUAAGCAAAUACUAAUACUGUGAAACUUCCUGAAAGUCUCCUUCCUUAGACUCAGACAAGUUCCGAAAACAGACUACCUCUUUCCCAUUUAGCUCUUAAAAAUACUCCCCAGACUGAAUUCUAAGGGGCUGUGAGCAACUCUUCUCCCCUGGAUCAAAGUAUAUUGCCAAAAAAUCCCCACAAUCAACAUUACUUCCAGUUGUUCAUUCCUUCUGCUAAGUAUUACUGUCCUUUCAAGCUGCUAUAGAGCUGCUCACCCAAGUACUGCCUCAUUCCACCUCAUUGCCUGAGCUGGCAUCCAUGGGUACCCGGCCCAGCUGUCACUGCCAGGGGAGGGAAUGCUCAUGAAUGCAGUCCAACAGUAACAACCGAAGGGGCUGGUUAUCAAGUGCAUAUUCAUUCUCCAUCUUUAAAUACUCUCACCUCGUCUGGCCUACCCCAAAGAUCAACCUAAACCAAAACACUCUCUUUCUGUUUACAUCUCUUUGACAUUACGCGAGAAUCCAACAUUUAGAAUAUCCAGGACACCAAAAAUCCCUGCUCAAAACUGGGCAGAAGAAGCAUCUGAAAGCUAACCCUCCAGAUCCCAGGAGAAAGCCUCCUACUUAGGAACAACAUGGAACAAAAGAACAACGUAUUUUUUUCUGUUCUCCAAUAUGAAAAGGAGGCUGGCCUGGAUCAGGUCAGUAUCUGUGUGAGGGCCAUGAUCAUUCCAAACAGAUACAGGAAUCCCUCAGUAGCCCAGACUUGCAUCUCUUUUUAGUUUUAUCUAGAGUGGCAACCAUUCUUUCCUAACUUCUCUAAAUACUCAACACUGCCUAGGUGUAGGUGCUUUAGAUAUAUUAAUAAGGUGGGAUAGCAGGAUAUAGAUAUGUAAAAUUUAAAUCCAGUUGUAUGUGUAAACCAAACUCAUCUAUGCAGUAUAUAGGAAGCUUUUUCCAAGAUGAAAAGAGUCCCUAACCCAGGCUGAGCGAAACAGAGGAAUCAGUCCUUAGCACUGUUUGGUCCUUGUACCUUCCGUGACACAGCAAUGGCACACCCAUAAGACUAAGGCAGUCAAAGAGCAAAAAACUUUUUAGGUCAUGUACAAUUCUGAACAGCCACAAAAGUCAAAACACAAAAAAAAAAUCAGUCUCCAUUUUCCCGUGAGUUUGUUAAUCUCUAAUGUAACUUAAGAAUGAGUAGAUUGGUUGCACUAAAGCAGGGGUUAAAUAGCUCUCACAGAAAUUCCCUAGGAAAAUACUAGCUGAAACACAACCCAUCACACAAGUUUCUAGUACGUUCUCCUGUCUCUAAAGCCAGGCUGUAUGUAUGAAAAAUACUUCAGAAAAGUGUAUACAAGUGUUACAACACUGUGUCUCACAAGCACCUGUGAAAAAAUUAAUCCUGCUUUGAGUAAACCUGGAAGAAUAGGGAUACAAAUUCAAUCUCAUUCCUGGGACCCAGGCACCAACCUUAUUGUGUGCAUGUCCCUCACCACAUCACAAGUAAGCAGCCAGCCAGCAGAGGCACAGCUUUACCACAGUGUCUGUGUGCUGGGCUUCAGUCACCUGGCACAGAUCCACCCCUUGGCCGUGGUUAAUGCUAAGCACGUGCCAGCCGAGGCAGCCACUGCCACACACAGGAGCUGAUGACAAGGCAGGUCUGUCUGAGCCCCGUUAGAGCAGCACUUGUUAACAUGCUCUGUGUUCUACAGAGAAGGAAGUUGUAGAGAUGCUUCUUUAAAAAAAAGAAAAAAAAAAAAGCAGAAACCACUUGGCAGUCUGUUAACUUUUCUGUGAAAGAAGAGGGAUUUUCUUUCUUUAAAAUGAGGCCAGUCAUGGAGAAAGCUAUUUCAUGACCUCUUUCAAUGCUGAACUCGAGGAGGGUUUGUAAACAUGGUGGGUGGGAAGAAAAGAAGCACUGACAAAUCCAGUUUCUGAGGAUGCUACCUAUGGGAUCUGAAUUUUAAAUUAAUUUUAAAUUAAUCUUACUCCCCCCCUCCCCCAACACACAUACUGGCGUAAAGUAUCUCACAGACACCUCGGCAGAAAUUUGUCUCCCUUUUCUUGUGCUCUAGUCUUAUGUCUUCAGGAAAGUCCAAGUUGCCCAUUCAUCUUUUAAACAACUUGCUGCACGUUUUUGAAUUCUCCACACAUUUCUUUCUUUCCAAAUACCUUUAUAAAGUUUUAUUUUUGCAGAAAGAUUGCUAUUAAGCUAUGCUGAUUUUUUGUCUUGAUCAAAUAGUGUUAAUCUCUACUACCACAUUGUAUGUGGUUAGAAGUAGUGUAAAAAAGAAUGAGGUAGUAUUAUAUGUGCUUUAAACACUGACAAAGAUAUAAAAGAAAAAUGCAUAUACAAAGUUUUACUUUCCUAAUAGGAACACUGGCAUUUGCAAAUAGUAUAUUUGAACCAAUAGGAAAUAUUACUUUGUAGUAGCAAACACUUUGUAAAUAAAAACUUGUUAUUUUUUUAAUGGAAAUUUUAUAGAGGAAGCUAUUUCUGUAUACUCAAUGGAUCCCAUGUUUACUGAAAAUGCUGCAAGUGGGAACUGCACAUUGCAAAUGCGGGUGGGGAGCAGACAAGUCUGAUAGAAAACUAUGUAUGCUUUGGAGAAAACAUCCAGUUGUCUGUGAACAGCAAUGUAAAGCUUAACUGUAGAAGACC